CCACGGUCCCACCGGCCACCGCUUCACCAGCGCCGCGCCCGUGCCGUUGAAACCGCCCCAGCCCCCAACGCCCGGACGCCUGCUCGCUACCCCGGAGGAGCCUCCCUGCUAGUGCGCGGCCGUCGCCGCGGACCUCCUCGUCUCCGCCCACCACCCGGCUUCCUUAUCGCCGUGCGGUGAAGAUCCAUCCGGUCCUGGGAUUGAUUCCCUUUCUCGUUGUUCACCGAUUUCUCCGCUGCACUCCGCAUGGUGUGGCGGCUGAUUCUCCAAGAAAUUUGGGGACACUGACCUGAGGCCGUACGGAACAUGGCAGCCGCCGCCAUGAUGAUGUCCGACGACGACGAUGCGGAGCCGCAGGUCAGCGCGGUGGAGAACUACUACCUUGUUGACUCCCUGAAGCACCCUGUUUGCUUCUCCACCCUGCCGCUCCGGCAUAGGGACACCGAUGAUGUCCCUGAAUGCAAGAAUAGACUGGGGCUGUGGGGGACAGCAGACCGCAUCAAGACGGUGUACAAGGAGGUGGUGGCCUGGAGGCUGGUUCUUGAGGGUAAGCAGCCUGAGAUCGCGGUGCUUGUUGCGGAUGGUGGUGGGUGGAUACGCCUUGUGAAGCCCAAGAACAGCUACGAGGAGAUGGUCAGGACUGUGCUGAUCACGGCACAGAUGCUGCAUUUCCUCAGGAGGAAGCCUGAUGAGCCAGAGAAGAACUUGUGGAGCCAUCUUCGAAAAGUUUUCGACAAGUUUGAUGUUAGACCCUCAGAGGAUGACUUCAGGGACCACAGCUCACUGAUGAAGCAUUUUGUGGAGAAAGAUCCUGUCUUAGCAAAGUCAGAGAUUUUGCGAGUAUUUGUUGAAGGACGAUCUAGGAAAAAUAUCAGUGAGGUUGUUGCAGAUAACAUUGAGACCAAGCAGCCGUUCAUUGCUGAUGAUGAGGACAUGGAUGAGAUGGUCACUGAGGAUGCUAAUAAUGAAUCUGAUGAAGAGGAUGAAGAUUUGUUUGAUUCAAUAUGUGCCAUUUGUGACAAUGGAGGAGACAUAUUAUGCUGUGAUGGCCCGUGUAUGCGCUCCUUCCAUGCAAAAAUAGGGAGCGGUGAAGACUCCUAUUGUGAUACCCUUGGAUACACUGAGGCACAAGUUGAGGCAAUGAAAAUAUUCCUGUGCAAGAACUGUGAGUAUAAGCAGCAUCAAUGUUUUAUAUGUGGAGUGUUGGAGCCUUCAGAUGGUGCAGCAGCUAAGGUAUUUCUGUGUAACAAUGCUACGUGCGGACACUUUUACCACCCCAAAUGUGUUGCAAAGCAACUUCACCCUAACAACAGAAAUGAAGCCACUGAGUUGGAGAAGAAUAUAACAGAAGGAUUUUCAUUUACAUGUCCCAUUCACUGGUGCUUUCGUUGUAAAGGUUUGGAGGAUAGAACACAAGAGCCUUUGCAAUUUGCUGUCUGCCGACGCUGUCCGAAGUCAUAUCAUCGAAAGUGUUUGCCAAGAGAAAUUUCCUUUCAAGAUAUUGAAGAGGAGGAAAUCAUCACAAGGGCUUGGGAGUUAUCAAAAAGAAUCUUGAUUUACUGCCAGGACCAUGAGAUCAAUAGUGAAAUUGAUACACCUGUCAGGGAUCAUAUAGAGUUUCCAAAGAUUCGAAAACCAGCUCAAGGAGCUAAGUUGCUGGUUAAGAAGAAAAAAAGGACUUUCAGUGAGGCAGUUCUUGAUCAACCUUCGAUAGAUACUGGGAAAAUGAAAGGCAUGGUCCGUGUGCAAAAAAGCGAACAAAUCAAACAAACCAGCAGGGAAGUUUCUACGAAGAGUUUCACUGAGGACCUUGUUUUCAAACCUGAAAAGAAGAAAGUCAAGCUUUUGAAAGAGAAAAUACAGCCAGAACCACGUGUAAGCAGUCCAAAACCUGUAAAAGAGCAAGAGCUGGUAGUUUUGCCUUCAUCUGCUACAAGGAAGAUUCCCCUGAGUUUAUUUCCUAUAGUGGAUAGUGAAGUUGAAAAGAGGGUCAUUGCCAUACUGGGAAAUGAAGCCUCUAAAUUGACACUGAAAGAUGUUACAAGGAAAUGCAGUGUGCCAACAACUCAUGUAUACUCUGGCAGGCAGACAGACAAGAUUGCGCAGGGAAAGAUUGAGCGUUCUGUUCAGGCUGUAGGAGCUGCUUUAAAAAAGCUGGAAAAUGGAGGUAAUGUCAAUGAUGCUAAAGCAGUAUGUGAACCUGAUGUUUUGAGACAGCUUGCAAAAUGGCAUAGUAAGUUCAGAGUAUAUUUAUCACCUUUUAUUCAUGGCACACGCUACAGUUCUUUUGGUCGACAUUUUACGAAGGUGGAAAAGCUUGUUGAGAUUGCUGAUAAACUUCACUGGUAUGUGGAACCUGGUGACACGAUAGUGGAUUUCUGUUGUGGUGCAAACGAUUUCAGCCGGCUGUUGAAAGAAAAACUUGACAAAGUUCAGAAGAAAUGCCAUUUCAAGAAUUAUGAUCUUAUCCAACCAAAGAAUCACUUCGGCUUUGAAAAGAGGGAUUGGAUGACUGUCAAGCUGAAUGAGCUGCCUCGUGGAUCUCAACUAAUUAUGGGGCUUAAUCCUCCAUUUGGGGUCAAAGCAAGUCUUGCAAACAAAUUUAUUGACAAAGCAUUGUCAUUCAAGCCUAAGCUCGUUGUACUAAUUGUCCCUAAAGAAACUAAAAGGUUAGAUCAAAAGAAGACGCCUUAUGAUUUGAUUUGGGAGGACAGUGAAUGUCUUGCUGGGAAGGCAUUCUAUUUGCCUGGUUCUGUGGAUCUUAAUGAUAAAACAGUUGAAGGGUGGAAUGCAUCUGCACCACCCCUCUACCUGUGGAGUCGUCCUGAUUGGACAAAGAAGCACAUGAAAAUAGCUGAAGAGCAUAGUCACACCAGCAUGGGGAAGAAGAAACCUCGCCAUGUUGACUCUCUAUCAGAUGACCCUGUGAGGGAAGAAGCUGAACCUUCUGACAAAAUAAAAACUAGAUCAGGGAAAGGAAAGGAGAAUACAGGAAAAGCAUCUUUCCAUUCCAAAGAGGAUAAUAUAUUGGAUGAUCUUCCAGUGAGGAAACAAGCUGAGGCUACCAACAAAUGGAACUCUAGGUCAGGGAAAGAGAGAGGGACAGACAAGACUGCAUGCAAUGACAGAGAGGCCAACCUACCUGAUGACCAUGCUGCUAAGAAGCAAGCUAGAUCUGAAGAAGAGAGAGGAACUCUAGGGAAGAUUGCAGUCCAUGUGAAAGAGGCUAAUAUGUCAGAUAACCUUCCAGUUAAGAAACAAUCUGAACCUACCAGCAGGGUCAUCCCAGGGAAAGAGAAAGAGAAUGGCAGUUAUGAAAACAGAUCUGAUAACAGGAGGAAGUGGACACCUGAUCAUGUAGAGAGCCUCCCUCCCGAAAAGCAAGUGGAAGUUGCAUAUGAGGAAACAAAAGUUACUAUUCCUAGGAAAGAGAGUAUUCAUAAUGAACACAGAGGUGCUUGCCACGAAAAUAGAAGAAAUUCUCAUGGAGAGGAAAUCAAGAGCCGGCACAACUAUCAGCAAACAGCAGCAGGGAUGCUGAAUGUCAAGUCCAUGGAUGGAGGGGAUUCUGACAUGAGUAUCCCAUCCCCUGACAGCAAUAAUGCUGGAAGCAAAUCCAGAAGCUAUUCCCCUGCUAUACCAACUGAACACCCUUCUGAUAGGAUAGCCCACCCAGAUAGUUACUGUCCCUCAGAAGAACUUUAUGACCCUAUGCUAAACAGGGCUAAUCUUAAGGGAAGUUAUUUGGCAAGCAAUGAUGAAUACUUUGAUGAACUCAAGUAUGCUGACAUUGACAAUAGCUCAAGGAUGAGGGGCUCCAGCAUUGAUGAAGUAACCAAACCCUAUAUUGGCGCAUCAACCAGUCUGUACAGCUCUCAGUCUAGAGACGAUGGCAGCUUCUACAGGCGUCCGAGCUCAGAAGACUUGAACACUUCUACUGGGAGGAACCUAGUUGCUGAUGUGGCUAUGCAAGGACACGGCAUAAGAUAUGAUGGCCAUGGUGACAGUUGCCAAGCUAGUAAGAUCCCGCUAGCCACGGGCUCACAAACACAUCUAAGUAUGAAUGGUGGAACUGGUGCUGAUUACCCGUUGGCAAGAUUCUCCCUAGGAUCUUCUGGUGCUAGAUUUAGCCAGCCUGCAUCUACUCCCUCUUUUGGGCUCUCAGGUUCAGGCUUACAACGAGGUUCGGUAAUGGACAAGUAUGGGUACGGGCUCUUGGGUCCAAGUGGGCCACAGAGCUCCAUUAUUGAUAGAUAUGCUCCCUCUCUUGAUGGAAGAAACAACACAAGACCGGAGAGCUCCUUGCCUCAACAGUACCCAUUCGGACGACAGGGCUCUUAUGGUGGUGGGUGGCCGCAGAACUGACAAUUGGAGUUUGAGGUGAUGAUGUCUGCUGACAUGCCUUUUAGCGGUCCUUUUCAUUCAAGGCAUGGUAGUACUGAUUGUACAGAAGGUGCGAACUCCGGCGUUGUUUAGUGACUAAGAUUAGCAAUCUUUUUUUUUGAGCAGACUGUUUCACAUUAUAAUAGCAUUCGGGGGGAAGUAGAAUGCCUGUCGUGAAUGCUGCGUAGUGUAGAGAGGCAGCAUUGGCCAGUUGGGUUCCGUAAUUGUGAAUCUAUGAUAUGUAAUGCCUGUUGCAUCUGCACAGGACGAACGACUGAAGAGCAGGCAAAACAUUUUUCGGAAGGCCUGGACAGGCUUUAUUUGUAUAUAUAUCACUAACUUACGCUUGAUUUAAUGGUUCUUGUUAUUGGCU